CUCGAUCAGAUCAGAAAGGCCUGCUGUGCUCAUCACUUGCUUGGAGUGUGAGUCAGCUGUAUCUGUGUAUUGAUUGAUUGUGGUGUGUGUGUGUGUCCCUGUGUGUGUGUGCGUGUGAGCGCGUGCUCUAUAUAGCACAGGAGACGUAGGGAAUUGCAGUCCUGCGGAGAAGCCAACGCGCCAGAAGAGCAGGCCGGAUAUUUUGCCCCGAGUGAGAGCGAGGCAGAGUCACAGCGCUCCAGAGAGAGAGGGAGAGAGAGACAGCUGCAUCUCUUUCAGUCUGUAGAGGUACAGUUCAGUCCAACCAUGGCCAGAAACCUUCUCAAAAACCCUUGUGGGGAAGAGCAGAUAGACUGCUGGGAACUGACGGAGAACGGCGGCAGCGAGUGGCGCGUGGAGGAGCUGCCAGGGGACUGCGGCCACGCCUUCUGCGACGAGGCCGUGACGAAAUACUUUGCCACCUCCUUCGAGCUGUGUCUGAAGAAACAGGUGGUGGACCUGUUGGCAGAGGGCUAUUCACCAGAUGAGCUGGACGCACAGCCAGCUGUUACUGUGGAAGACUGGUACUCAGGGCGCUCAGACUGUGGCUGCACCUACCAGCUGAGUGUGGCUCUCCUGGAUGAAAAUCAAGAGGUCCUCCAGGAGUUUAAGCCUGAUAAUGUGACCCUUGACCCUGACUGUGAUGACUGCUCUUGGAGACAGGUGACCCACACGUUCUCAGACUACGGACCAGGUCUGCGAUUCAUUUCCUUCGAGCAUGGGGGCCAGGACACCAAGUACUGGGAUGGCUGGUUUGGAGUGCGGGUGACCGGUAGCUCGAUAACCAUACAGGCCUGAGUAGGGAGGGACCAAAUCCUGCCUCUGGCAGCAUGUCACGAUGCACCCUUCCUACCUGACGUCACAGAGGUUGUAUAUGCACUGCUCUAACCCCGCUGUAGCUUUAGGGAGAGAGGCUUGUAACCAGAAGGAUGCUGGUUUGAAUCCCAUGGGGGCCACUGCUGCUAUAACCUUUAGCAAAUUACAUAAUGUGAGUUGCUUCGGUAACAAUGCCAGGCUGAAUAAAUGGACUGAGUGCAAAAUGUAUAUAUAUGCAAGUUACAGUGGAAAGGGUGCUAAGUAAUGAAUAAUUUUGCUAGCCAGUUCUAUUCUCUCAUUAGUGAACUUGGCAGUACAUGGCCUCUGCUUCAGUGUAUCUGUACACUUACCCCUACCUCUACACAGUACCCACGAUAUAACAAAUCAGCUUUGAUGUCAUAAUACCUAAAUACUAAAAACUUAAGUGUGUAUAUAAUGAAAUAGAAACACAUUAGGUUUUUAAAAUACACCUUAUGUAUGCAUUCUCAAGAUAUGAGAGACUUAAACUUGGCUGGACUUGAGUGGUUCCUGUCAGUUAUGGGUUCAGGAUGAAUUGAACAAUAAACCACAACUAAACCACCAAUCUGCUACUUUUUCACGUGAAUUCUUACAGUAUAUCAGUUAUGAAAACACCAUCCGUGAUCAAGCAGAUAAAAGGUUUGGCAGAAAUUAUGUCUAAAUUAGAUGGAAUAAUGUCCUGUAACGAUGUGGUUAUGGUAAGAUCAGUUCGGUUUCAUUUACAUUACAUCUGUGACAGCUGUUUAUAUUAAAAUACAA